AUGACACUACCAGUGUUGAUCAUCGGAGCUGGCCUGGGAGGUGUCUGCCUAGCCCAAGCGCUGAAAAAGAAUAACAUCCCAUUCAGACUAUUUGAACAAGACGAGAAAAGUACCUUCCGUGCUCAGGGAUACAGACUAAGGGUCACCAAGCACGGCGUCGACGCACUGAAAGAGGCCCUGACACCGGAACUUUUCACUCUUUUUGAGAAAACCUGCGCCGAUACACCCACCAUUGGGGUUCGAAUCAAACCUGAUGGAACACAUCUACCCUCUACCGGCGGCUUUGGGCCCCCACCUGGCGUUCAUUCCAAAUCUUACACAGUGGACCGGUCGACCUUCCGUGAAGCACUUCUGACAGGACUUGAAGAGCACGUUUUCUUCGGGAAAAGUCUCAAGCAGUACACCAUCCACUCUGAAAAGGUCACCGCAUUCUUUGCAGACGGAUCCACGGAGGACGGAUCUCUCUUGAUUGGCGCCGAUGGUGUUCGGUCUAUGGUUCGCAAGCAGUACCUACCCUCGUUCCAAGGCAUCGAUACUGGCACACGAAUCAUCUUCGGAAAGACUCCAUCUACCCCGGACUUCCUCGCUAAGCUUAAAGAAGAGUAUCGGCAUGGAAUGAGUCUCGUGCUCGACCCGGAGGAUGCGUCCCAGCCAUUCGUUCUAUUCGAGUCCAUCAACUUUCCAUACGCAGAGGAAAUCACUGAGCCACAACUCCCAGAUCCAUACAUGUACUGGGUCCUCUGCACGCAAAUCUCGCAACUCCCCAUCACUCGAGAAAAAUCAUGGCACAUAAGCUCGCAGGAAUCAGCAAAUCUCUCGCGCGAGCUCACCAGGUCCUGGAGUCCAUCACUCCGAGCUAUCUUCGAGAUGCAAAACUCAAGUCAAUCAGCAAUUAGAUCGAUCUUGUCUGCCAUGCCGGAAAUUGCGCCCUGGGAGCCUUCUAGUCGAGUCACUCUGCUCGGCGACGCUAUUCAUGUCAUGCCUCCUACGGGUGCGAUGGGUGCCAACACGGCUUUACGGGAUGCGGCUGAUCUUGCACGUCGGAUUUCGUUGGCUGGUAGUGUUGACGGGGUAGACAAGGCUGUCAUUGGAGAUUAUGAGGCUAGCUUGCGAGACUUUGCUAACACGGCCAUUGAGCAGAGUUGGCAGGGGGGCAUGAAGAGCUUUGGGUUGAAACCGGUUGAGCAAUGUGAAAUGAUUGCGCUGUGA